CGCACCCUCCUGCCAGAGCUGGGUGUAGGGCAGAAGCCAGUGUCGCCUGCAGUCUCAGAGCCAAGAGUAGCUCAGAGGCGGGGGGUGGACUCUUGGGGAGGAGGAGGAGGCCUGGAGAGCGGAGGUCACCGACUCACCGUACAGAAGGCAGGCUCAGGCGUGAUCUGAGGGGGAAAAGAAUCCUGCCCCGUCCAGCUCUCAGGCUCUGGGAUGGUGCCCACUGGCAGGUGGUGGUUCAGGGCAGCUGAGUAACAGAGACAGGCAGAGCCCCCCCAGAUGGGCUGUUAGGCACAGAGUGCUGGAGAUGCAGCGAGGAGACAGGGCACAGAGCCGGACAGCAGGGGGCACGGAGACGGGGCCCACCGAGAUCAAAGCUGUGAUCGUGGGGGACGGGGGCUGUGGAAAGACCUCCCUGCUCAUGGUCUUCGCCAAGGGGGAUUUCCCCAGGGUCUAUGUCCCCACCGUGUUUGAGAAGUACUCUGCCUCCUUCCAGAUUGGUGGCAAGCCGGUGCAAAUCAAUCUGUGGGACACAGCAGGGCAGGAAGAUUACGACAGGCUCCGUCCCCUCUCCUACACAGGAGCCCAUGUGAUUCUCAUGUGCUUCGAUGUCACCAGUCCCAACAGCUUUGACAACAUUCUCACAAAGUGGUACCCGGAGGUGAAUCACUUCUGCAAGGGUGUCCCCAUCGUGCUGGUGGGCUGCAAGACUGACCUGAGGAAGGACAAGGUCCUUCUGAGGCGGCUCCACGAGGACCGGCUGGAGCCCAUCACCUACCACAAGGCGGAGGCUAUGGCCCGGGAAGUGCAUGCUGUCACCUACCUCGAGUGCUCGGCCAAGUACCAGGAGAACAUCACCACCAUCUUCACAGAGGCCUCCAAUGCUGCCUUGAGCGCCAUGCAGAAGAGCCAGCGCAAACGGAAACCCAAGAGGAGCUGCCUGCUCUCCUAGCCGGCUCCACACUCCUCCUGGGGAUGCCCCAAUGCCCUGCACCCAUCCCGGGGCCAGCAGUGCCCUCCAGCAUCUCCAUGGGCAUCGGCUCCCACACAGCCAAGACCGAUGGCAGAUCUUGCCCUCCUUGCAGCAGGCAUCAUCAGAAGGUGAAUGAUGCCACAGGAAGGGCGAGUGCCUCCCCCAUAGUCUGACAUGGCUCCUUCUCCACUCUGGUCUCAUUGCAGCUGGUUCCAGCUCUCAAGAUUCACUCCCUCAGCUCUGUAACAGAACACAAGUACAUGUUCAAUAGCCCUAACUCCUCCGAGCUUCACCUGGCUCCAUCCGGCAGCUACCAGCCCACGCGGCUUCUAAUAGCACAGCUCAGCUCAGCACUGCUCCCAUCACCACAACCAGGCUUGGCUUGGCAUGGUUCCCGCACAACUCCCACCACAGUGAUCCACGGGGGCCCCAUCCAUGUCCAGUGACCAAUUCCCUGAAUCCAUCCAUAAGACUCCACAGCCACAAGUCUCUGCAGUGCAUAAGCCCAAGGAGGGACUGUGGUGUUGUCUUUGUUGUAUGUUUGUACAGCACCUCACAAAGUGAGGUCCUGGCCCAUGGCUGGGGCUCCUGGAUGCUGCGAUAAUACAAAUAAUAAAUACUAACUGGGAGUAACAGAUAAGGCUGAGGGUGAGGCUCCCUCUCCCAUCAGGGAGAUCCAAGUGAGGAAAUGCCCAAAGACCCCUUGGUGAGAGAUGGGAAGGACCAACUAGACCACCCAGCUUAUCACCACAAAGCCAGGGCAGGAUUGAUCUCCCAACAGGACAUUUCCUAUGGUCUUGACCAGUCAUGUUCAAUGCCAUUGGGGCUCCCAUCACCUCCCCUGGAAGCAGAUCCCAUGGCCUAAGCCAUCUCAUCUUCCCAGGGCCACCCAGAGGAUUCAGGGGGCCUGGGGUCUUCAGCGGCGGGGGGCCCCUGCUGCCA